AUGGCCACCACUCAACCUUCUAUUUCACCCGGCCUGCUUAAUGCGGGCCCCGUAAUCAACACCUCCGCCGUCCCUGCCGCACCUCUCGCGCAAACGAAACGGACCAAGGCCGAUUUACACCAACUCCACGCCCUACCAGCCGGUGCCGUGCUUGUCAAAGACGCCGUCUCCAUUCGGGCCCUCUGGGAGCAGGGCUUUUAUGGCAAAGGCCAUCUCAGUCGCAGUGAGCCAGAGUGGUUCCGUCAGGAGCAGGUCAAGAGGGGCCUGCUGCAGGCGCACGUGAGCCAUUUGAAUACGGCAAAACGGCGAGAAGAGCGGCGAACCAAGAAGUGGGAGAGGGCGAAGAGCGAGAUAGACGCGUUGCGCCAGCUUCAGUCCAAAGAGGCCGAGAUCCAAAGGGCGAAGGAGGCGACGGAAGCUAUCGUGGACCCCAUUUCCACCCUGCCCCCGUUGGGCCCCUGGAGCUCCUCGCCCUUCCAAACACCCUGCCAUCACCCCAAGAACAGGCGCCGCCAAGCACGCGCCAACAGAACCGACAUCUCCACCGCGAACCCCUCAGCGACAGGCGCCCUGAACUUGCGGCUCUCAAUGGAAAUGGACACACCACCCCACCCGGAUUACCUACCCCCUAAGGAGUCACCGCUCCAGGAGCUUGACAAAGAUGAAAGCGCCCUCGAGUCACAGCAACAGCAAGUCGCCGCCGUGCUAGGCGACCUCGUGGACAAGGAACACCUCCAGCUCACCCGUGAAGAGGCAUUUUUCCUCUCCUUCGGACUCGGGGCUCUUCAGGUGGUCGAUGGGGAAUCCAAGGAGCCGGUAGCCCCGCGUGACUUGCUGGAGCUGUUUCGCCGCUACUCAUACAUUCCCCCUCAGCAAGGGCCUCCUUCUGAGGUCUUGCGACCGGACGACCGCUUCCUCCUCGACUACGUCAUUUAUCAUCAUUUCAGGUCGCUCGGCUGGGUACCGCGAGGCGGUAUCAAGUUUGGGGUUGACUGGCUACUCUACUUUAAAGGACCGGCCUUUGACCAUGCUCAGUAUGGCAUCAUCAUCAUGCCCUCGUACUCUCACCCCUAUUGGAAGGAACGUGGCCAGCAUAGCCCAAGCAAGGAUUGGGCUUGGUUUCACCGUGUGAGCCGAACCUUGGCCAACGUGCUUAAAACGAUCGUGCUUGCCUACGUAGAUAUCCCUCCCCCACCCGUCUUCGAGGAAGCGCUUGACAAGGGCAUCACGGACGUGAUGCAGCUGUAUACUGUCCGGGAGAUCAUUGCGAAGAGGUUCAAUCCGAACAGGGAGCGAAAAUCUUAA